CUUUUCUUCUUUCACUUUCAUUUUUAUAUUUUUGUAACCCUAUUCCUUUUGUUGUGACAUCAAAGGACGGACGAAAAUAUUACAAUGGCAGAACAACCAUUACCUAUCCAAUUUCAUGAGCAUGCUCAGCUGCAAUCUCUUGGUGUUAAUGCAGCAAGUAUUGCUUUCAAUACUCUCACUAUGGAAUCCGACCGUUUUAUUUGUAUUCGCGAAAAUAUCAAUGGUGCUAAUCAAGUCGUCAUCAUUGAUUUGCACAAUAACAAUGAAAUGAUGCGUAGACCUAUUUCUGCUGACUCUGUUAUUAUGCAUCCUACUACCAAAGUGAUGGCUUUGAAAGCUGGUCGAACACUUCAAGUCUUCAAUUUGGAACUCAAAUCAAAAUUGAAAUCUCAUACUAUGAAUGAAGAUGUCGUUUUUUGGAAAUGGACAAAUUUGAAAACGUUAGGCCUAGUCACUAAUUCUGCUGUUUAUCAUUGGUCUAUUGAAGGUGAAGCUGGUCCACAAAAGAUCUUUGAUCGUCAUGCCAAUUUGAAUGGUUCUCAAAUCAUUAAUUAUCGCGUCUCUAGUGAUGAUAAAUGGAUGGUCUUGAUUGGUAUUGCUGGUCAAAAUGGACGCGUCACUGGUGCUAUGCAAUUAUAUUCCAAGGAACGUGGUGUUAGUCAACCUAUUGAAGGUCAUGCUGCUUCUUUUGCUGAACUCAGAUUAGAUGGUGCCCAAUCUCCCACAAAAUUGUUUGCUUUUGCUGUGCGAUCAGCUACUGGUGCUGCAAAGUUACAAAUUAUUGAAGUGGAUCAUCAAGAAGGAAAUCCUCCAUUCCAAAAAAAGGCUGUUGAAGUGUUUUUCCCUCCUGAAUCGCCAACUGAUUUCCCUGUAUCAAUGCAAGUUAGUAAAAAGUAUGGUAUUAUUUACUUGGUGACCAAGAUGGGGUACAUUCAUUUGUACGAUUUGGAAUCUGGCGCUUGUAUUUAUAUGAACCGUAUUACUGCUGAUACUAUCUUUGUUACUGCUGAACGUGAAGAAACUGGUGGUAUCAUUGGUGUCAACAAGAAGGGUCAAGUUCUUUCCGUGUCUUUGGAUGAAAACGUGAUCAUUCCCUAUAUUCUCAACACUUUGAACAAUACUCAACUUGCACUUUCCUUAGCUUCUCGUGGUGGCCUUCCUGGUGCAGAUGAUUUAUAUGUCAGUCGAUUCAAUGAACUCUUCAAUACUGGAAACUACAAUGAAGCCGCUAAAGUUGCAGCCAAUUCACCCCGUGGUAUUCUUCGUACUACUCAAACAAUUGAUCGAUUCCGUCAAAUUGCUGGUACACCAAAUCAAUUAUCCCCUAUUCUUCAAUAUUUCGGUAUCUUGUUGGAAAAGGGUAGUCUAAACAAGUAUGAAUCUUUGGAACUUGCCAAGCCAAUUCUUUUACAAAAUCGCAAACCUCUAUUGGAAAAGUGGCUCAAGGAAGACAAAUUGGAAUGUAGUGAAGAACUCGGUGACUUUGUCAAGCAACAUGAUUCAGUCUUGGCUUUGUCUGUUUAUUUACGUGCCAAUGUACCUAACAAAGUGGUUCUCUGCUUUGCUGAAAACAAACAAUACGACAAAAUCCUUGCUUAUGCUAAAACUGUUGGAUUCACCCCUGAUUAUUCUUCAUUAUUAUACAACAUUGCUCGAACUGAUCCCGAUAAAGCUGCUGAUUUUGCAACUGCUUUAGUGAAUGAUGAAAAUGGACCUUUGAUUGAACCCGAAAAGGUUGUCGAUGUUUUCCAAUCGCAAAACAUGAUUCAACAAGCUACUUCUUUCCUUUUGGAUUACCUCAAGAAUAACAGAGAAGAAGAUGCUGGUUUACAAACUCGUGUACUUGAAAUGAAUUUGAUCCAUGCCCCUCAAGUUGCUGAUGCUAUUUUGGGUACCGGUAUGUUGACUCAUUAUGAUCGUGUUUUGGUUGGUACAUUAUGUGAAAAGGCUGGUCUCUAUCAACGUGCCUUGGAGCAUUUCACUGAUAUUCAUGAUAUCAAACGUAUCAUUCCUCAGACUCACUUGUUGGCUGCUGAAUGGUUGGUCGAUUACUUUGGUACUCUUUCAGUGGAUCAAACCUUAGAAUGUUUGAAAGAAAUGCUCAACACCAAUCUCCGUCAAAAUCUUCAAGUGGUUGUGCAAGUGGCUAUCAAAUACUCGGAACAACUUCAACCUCAUAAUUUGAUUGAAAUGUUUGAAUCCUACAAGAGCAACGAAGGUUUAUAUUAUUACUUGGGUUCGAUUGUCAAUGUAAGUCAAGAUCCUUUGGUACACUUCAAGUAUAUCCAAGCUGCUUGCCGUACUGGAAAUAUUCGUGAAGCUGAACGUAUUUGUCGUGAAAGCAGUUAUUAUGAUGCUGAAAAAGUCAAGAAUUUCUUGAAGGAAGCCAAACUUAGUGAUCAAUUACCUUUGAUUAUUGUGUGCGAUCGAUUCAACUUUGUUCACGAUUUGGUUCUUUAUCUUUAUCACAAUAAUUUACAAUCCUUUAUCGAAGUCUAUGUUCAAAAGGUGAACCCUGCUCGUACUCCUGAAGUGAUUGGUGGAUUGUUAGAUGUCGGAUGUGAUGAAGAUGUGAUUAAGAACUUACUUUUAUCCGUCAAAGGUGAUUUGUCUGUUGGAAAACUAUGUGAACAAGUGGAAGAACGCAACCGUCUGAAGCUCCUCUUGCCUUGGUUGAAUUUACGUGUUACUGAAGGAAGUCAAGAUCCUGAUGUGUACAAUUCUUUAGCUAAGAUUUACAUUGAUACCAAUAAUAAUCCUGAACCAUUCCUCAAGGAAAACGGAUAUUACAACCCUCGUAUUGUUGGUAAAUACUGUGAAAAGCGUGAUCCUUACUUGGCCUUCAUCUGUUACCAAAAAGGUCAAUGUGACUAUGAAUUGAUUCAUGUUACCAAUGAAAAUUCCAUGUUCAAACAUCAAGCCCGUUACCUUGUAAAACGUCGUGAUCAAGAAUUAUGGGCCUUUGUUUUACAAGAAAACAAUGAACAUCGUCGUGAUGUGAUUGAUCAGAUUGUUGCUUCUGCUUUACCUGAAUGUACUGAUCCUGAUGAUGUAUCUGCUGCUGUCAAAGCAUUCAUGGCCGCCAACUUACCCAAUGAAUUGAUCGAACUUUUGGAAAAGAUUGUAUUGGAAAGCAGUGCAUUCAAUGAUAACAAAACUUUACAAAAUCUUCUUAUCUUUACCGCUGUCAAGGCUGAUUCUUCCCGCGUGAUGGAUUAUAUUUCUCGAUUGGAUAACUACGAUGCUUCGGAUGUCGCUGAAGUGUGUAUUGGUGAAGAACUCUAUGAAGAAGCAUUUACGAUCUACAAGAAUAAUAAUGUCAAUGCUAAUGCUGUGGAUGUGUUGAUUGAAAAGAUCAAUGAUUUGGAUCGUGCCUAUGAAUUUGCCAAUCGCUGUGAUCAACCUGAUGUUUGGAGUAAACUUGCCAAGGCUCAACUUUCAAAUAUGCAUGUCAAGGAAGCCAUCGAUUCUUAUAUCCGAGCCAAUGAUGCAUCCAACUACAUUGAAGUGUCUCGUAAUGCUGCUAUUGAUGGAAAAUAUGAAGAUUUAGUUCGAUAUCUCCAAAUGGCUCGCAAACAAUCUCGUGAACCUUUCAUUGAAACAGAAUUAUUAUACGCUUAUGCCAAGACGGAUCGAUUGGCUGAUUUGGAAGACUUUAUUGCUUCCCCCAACAUUGCUCAAAUCCAACAAGUAGGUGAUCGAUGUUACCAUGAACAUCUUUUGGAAGCUGCCAAGAUCCUUUACGGUAGUAUCUCGAAUCAUGCAUGUUUGGCCUCUACUUUGGUAUUGUUGAAGGAUUAUCAAGCCGCUGUGGAUUGUGCUCGAAAGGCCAACAGUACCAAGGUAUGGAAAGAAGUCAAUGCCGAAUGUAUCCGUCAAAAUGAAUUCCGUCUCGCUCAAAUUUGUGGUCUUCAUAUCAUUGUUCAUGCCGAAGAACUUGAUACUCUUGUCAAGACUUAUGAAGCCAAUGGUUAUUUCGAUGAAUUAAUUCAAUUACUGGAAUCUGGUCUUGGAUUGGAACGUGCUCAUAUGGGAAUGUUUACAGAGUUGGCUGUGUUGUAUGCGAAAUAUGCUCCUGAUAAGAUGAUGGAACAUCUCCGAUUAUUUGUUUCUCGUGUCAAUAUUCCCAAGGUGAUUCGUGCUUGUUCUGAUGCUCAUCUCUGGCGUGAAUUGGUGUUCUUGUAUGUCCAUUAUGAUGAAUUCGACAACGCGGUAACUGCUAUGAUGGAACAUGCGGCUGAUGCUUGGGAACAUUCUGCUUUCAAGGAUAUCAUUGUCAAGGUGUCCAAUAUCGAGAUUUAUUACAAGUCUCUCCGAUUCUAUUUGAAUGAACACCCAUUACUUCUCAAUGAUCUUCUUGCUGUUCUAGUACCUCGUAUCAAUCAUACUCGUGUGGUCCAAUUCUUUGAAAAAUCCGAUAAUAUCCCUUUGAUCAAGCCCUAUUUGUUAUCUAUACAAGAAGUGAAUAACAAGGCCAUUAACUCUGCAUUGAACGAAUUAUUCAUUGAAGAAGAAGAUUAUGAUGCUUUACGUGAAUCUGUGGAUCAAUAUGAUCACUUUGAUCCUAUUGAUAUUGCUCAACGACUUGAAAAACAUGAACUCCUGGAAUUCCGACGUAUUGCUGCUCAUCUUUAUAAACGUAACCGUCGCUGGCGCCAAUCUAUUGCUCUUUCCAAACAAGACCGCUUAUUCAAGGAUGCUAUGGAAACCGCUGCUGAAUCCAAGGAUCGUGAAGUGGCCGAAGAAUUAUUACAAUACUUUAUCGAAAUCGGAAAACGAGAAUGUUUCUCAGCUAUGUUAUACACAUGUUACGAUCUUAUGCGUCCUGAUAUCGUAAUGGAAUUGGCCUGGCGACAUCAAUUGACUGACUUUGCUAUGCCAUAUAUGCUCAAUACCAUGAAGGAACAAUUCACAAAGGUGGAACUUUUGGAUAAGGAAGUCAAAGAACUCAAGGAAAAGCAAGCUAAUCAGGAAAAACAAGAUGAAAAUGUUCCAGUUAUGCCUGCAAUCACUGGUGGUGCUUUUGGCAAUUUACGGAUUGGCAUGUAAGACAAGGUCAUCUGUAAUUGUUUAGUUUUCUUUCUUUUAUAUAUUUUUACUGUUAGUAUUUUUUUAUUAUCACUCUCUUUUUUUGCUUAGAUGCACAAAACACAAAUAUUCUGUUUUUAUCCCCAUAUGCUUAUAUAUUUUUUUUAUUCUUUUACCGUUUGUGUCCCUUUAUAGUUUAGUAUUUUUCUUUCUACAUGAAAUAAAAAAAAGAAAGCACUUUGUGUUUUGUCCAAUGUUCUAUGUUAUUUCUGAUUUGAUUAUAUGAUGAUGUUACACGUAAUGACGUUUUGACUCAUAAAAAAACAAUCAUCAUUUCGCAAUGAUACUCA